CCCGACCGGCAGCGCCUUGCGCUGGCUCAGUCGCUCCCAGCCCUGGCCUUGGGACCAGCUCACCUCCCACCGCCCCACUCCCUCCUGGCACGAAGCUCACUCACCGCUUUUAUCUUGGCAACUCCCUUCUGUUCAGCCAGCCACAGCGGCUGCCCUGCCACCGGCCCAACGCCUCCGGUUUUCGACCCCAGACCCCCACCCCACUAGUGGGUCCUCCGUGGGAAAGGUGGCUGCCCCCUGCGUUCCUCCGUCCAGCCAUGAACUGGUGCCCAUCACUGCUGAGGGGACGCCAAAGAAUGUAGUGGACCUGGGAGAAGGAACCUCCCGGGGUGGAAACUCAAGGAAAAGCCUGGAGGAGGACGGAGCCACUAGAGUCCCACCAAGUGUCCAGCCACUUCCAAAGCCCAUCAGAAGCAUGAGUGUGAGCCGGACCAUGGAGGACAGCUGUGAGCUGGACCUGGUGUAUGUCACGGAGAGGAUCAUCGCCGUGUCCUUCCCCAGCACAGCCAAGGAGGAGAACUUCCAGAGCAACCUCCGUGAGGUGGCCCAGAUGCUCAAGUCCAAACAUGGAGGCAACUACCUGCUGUUCAACCUGUCUGAGCGGAGACCUGACAUCACGAAGCUCCACACCAAGGUACUGGAGUUUGGCUGGCCCGACCUGCACACCCCGGCCCUGGAGAAGAUUUGCAGUGUCUGCAAGGCCAUGGACACUUGGCUCAAUGCGGACCCUCACAACGUUGUGGUCCUGCACAAUAAGGGAAACCGAGGCAGGAUAGGAGUUGUGAUCGCGGCUUACAUGCACUACAGCAACAUUUCUGCCAGUGCGGACCAGGCUCUGGACCGGUUUGCAAUGAAGCGAUUCUAUGAGGACAAGAUCGUGCCCAUUGGGCAGCCAUCCCAGAGAAGGUACGUGCAUUACUUCAGCGGCCUGCUCUCCGGCUCCAUCAAAAUGAACAACAAGCCCUUGUUUCUGCACCACGUGAUCAUGCACGGCAUCCCCAACUUUGAGUCUAAAGGAGGGUGUCGGCCUUUUCUCCGUAUCUACCAGGCCAUGCAACCUGUUUACACGUCUGGUAUCUACAACAUCCCAGGAGACAGUCAGACCAGCAUCUGCAUUACCAUCGAGCCAGGACUGCUCUUGAAAGGGGACAUCUUGCUCAAGUGCUACCACAAGAAGUUCCGGAGCCCCUCCCGAGAUGUCAUCUUCCGUGUGCAGUUCCACACUUGUGCCAUCCAUGACUUGGGAGUUGUCUUUGGGAAGGAGGACCUUGAUGAGGCCUUCAAAGAUGACCGAUUUCCAGAAUAUGGCAAAGUGGAGUUCAUAUUUUCUUAUGGUCCAGAGAAAAUUCAAGGCAUGGAGCACCUGGAGAACGGGCCCAGCGUGUCUGUGGACUACAAUACCUCCGACCCCCUCAUCCGCUGGGACUCCUACGACAACUUCAGUGGACAUCGUGAUGAUGCCAUGGAGGAGGUGGUGGGGCACACCCAGGGGCCCCUCGAUGGGAGCCUAUAUGCCAAGGUGAAGAAGAAGGACUCCCUGAACGGCAGCACCGGGGCCAUCAACGUGGCGCGUCCUGUCCUGUCGGCCACCCCCAAUCACGUGGAGCACACACUGUCUGUGAGCAGUGACUCGGGCAACUCCACAGCCUCCACCAAAACCGACAAGACAGAUGAGCCUGUCCCGGGGGCCUCUGGUGCCCCUGCUUCCUUGAGCCCCGAGGAGAAGCGGGAGCUGGAUCGCUUGCUCAGUGGCUUUGGUUUAGAGCGAGAGAAGCAAGGUGCCAUGUACCACGCACAGCACCUCAGGUCCCGCCCAGCAGGAGGCCCUGCCGCGUCCUCCUCUGGCCGCCACAUCGUCCCAGCCCAGGUUCAUGUCAAUGGCAGGGCCUUGGCAUCUGAACGGGAGACAGACAUACUGGACGAUGAGCUGCCCAACCAAGAUGGGCACAGCAUGGGCAGCAUGGGCACCCUAUCCUCCCUGGACGGUGUCACCAACACCAGUGAGGGGAACUACCCAGAAGCUCUGUCCCCACUGACCAACGGCCUGGACAAGUCCUACCCAGUGGAACCUCUGGUCAAUGGUGGGGGCUACCCCUACGAGUCUGUCAGCAGGGCAGUGCCUGCCCAGGCCGGCCAUGUGGUCCCUAUGCGUCCCUCCUACUCUGCGCAGGAGGGUUUAGCUGGCUACCAGCGAGGGGGGACCCUCCCAGCCUGGCUGCAGCCAACAACCACCUCCCACUAUGGCCACGACCCCAGUGGCUUGUUCCGCUCUCAGUCCUUUCCGGAUGCUGAGCCCCAGCUGCCCCUGGCUCCAACCCGUGGGGGCAGCAGUCGGGAAGCCGUGCAGAGGGGGCUGAACUCAUGGCAGCAGCAGCAGCCUCUCCCACCUCCUCGGCAGCAGGAAAGAGUCCAAUUGGAGAGUCUGGCAAGCAGCAGGCCCAGCCCCCAGCCAUUGACAGAGCCCCCCAUCCCUGCUCUCCCGGAGUUCCCAAGGGCAGCCUCUCAGCAGGAGAUCGAGCAGUCCAUUGAAGCCCUAAACAUGCUCAUGCUGGACCUAGAGCCAGCUUCGGCCACUACCCUACUGCACAAGUCCCAAAGUGUCCCGGGGGCCUGGCCAGGGGCUUCCCCACUCUCCUUGCAGCCUUCUACAGGCUCUUCCCACCAGUCCCACCCACUGACCCAGUCCAGGUCUGGCUACAUCCCCAGUGGGCAUUCCUUAGGAACCCCUGAGCUGGUUUCUGCUGGUGGAUCUUACUCACCUUAUGAUUAUCAGCUGUGUCCAGCUGGGCCCAAUCAGGGUUUCCGUCCCAAGAGCCCAGCCUCCUCCUCAUCUGCUUUCCUCCCAACCUCCCAUGGCCCUCCAGGGCCUCAGCAGCCCCCAGCUUCUCUCCCUGGCCUCAUCACUCAGCCUCAGCUCCCACCAAAAGAAACAGCUUCAGAUCCUUCCCGAACUCCAGAAGAGAAGCCAUUGAACCUGGAAGGGCUGGUGGCCCACAGGGUGGCAGGGGUGCAGGCUCGGGAGAGGCAGCCUGCAGAACCCCCAGCCCCUCUCCGGAGGAGGGCAGCCAGCGAUGGACAGUAUGAGAACCAAUCUCCUGAAGCCACAUCCCCCUGUAGCCCUGGGGUUCGCUCCCCAGUCCAGUGUGUCUCCCCAGAGCUGGCUCUCACCAUUGCUCUCAAUCCUGGAGGGCGGCCUAAAGAGCCUCAUCUGCACAGCUACAAGGAGGCUUUCGAGGAGAUGGAAGGAAGUUCCCCGACCAGCCCACCACCCACUGGGGUGCGCUCCCCUCCAGGGCUGGCCAAGACACCCCUGUCUGCUCUAGGCCUGAAACCACACAACCCAGCAGACAUCCUGCUGCACCCCACGGGUGAGGAACAUGAGGGGAAGGAGGUGACUAAGCUUCCAGAAGAGCCCCGGAGUUAUGUGGAGUCUGUGGCACGGACAGCAGUGUCUGGGCCUCGAGCUCAGGACACUGAGCCCAAGAGCUUCAGCGCCCCGACUGCCCAGGCCUAUGGCCAGGAGACACCGCUGAGGAACGGGACCCUGGGUGGCUCCUUUGUCUCCCCCAGCCCCCUCUCCACCAGCAGCCCCAUUCUCAGCGCGGACAGCACUUCCGUGGGAAGCUUCCCAUCAGGGGAGAGCAGUGACCAGGGCCCACGGACACCCACCCAGCCCCUGUUGGAUUCUGGCUUCCGCUCCGGCAGCCUGGGGCAGCCUAGCCAUGUGGCCCAGAGAAGUUACCAGAGCCCUUCUCCUCUCCCGACUGUGGGCAGCAGCUACAGCAGCCCCGACUACUCACUUCAGCAAUUCACCUCCUCUUCGGAGAGCCAGGCCCGGCCUCAGCAUGGCAUGGUUGGCGUCCACGCGGUGCCAGGGAGCCCCCAGGCCCGCCACAGGACAGUAGGCACCAACACUCCCCCCAGUCCUGGUUUUGGCCGGCGAGCCAUCAACCCUGGUGCGACUGCCCCUGGUAGUCCUGGUUUGAGCCACCGCCAGGUGAUGGCUCCAUCAGGCCCUGGUAUCCAUGGCAACGCCGUCUCCAGCCACCAGAGCAGUGCAGCACCCACUCCAGGGAGCCCCAGCCUGGGCCGGCACCUGGGAGGGUCUGGAUCUGUGGUUCCCGGCAGUCCCAGCUUGGACCGGCACGUGGCCUAUGGUGGCUACUCCACCCCUGAGGACCGCAGACCCACACUGUCCAGGCAGAGCAGUGCCUCUGGCUACCAGGCCCCUUCCACGCCCUCCUUCCCCGUGUCCCCUGCCUACUACCCAGGCCUGAGUAGCCCCGGCACCUCGCCCUCGCCAGAUUCUGCAGCCUUCCGCCAAGGGAGCCCGACGCCAGCCCUGCCAGAGAAGCGGAGGAUGUCUGUGGGAGACCGGGCCGGCAGCCUCCCCAACUACGCCACCGUCAAUGGGAAGGUGUCCUCCUCGCCCGUUGCCAGUGGCAUGUCCAGCCCCAGUGGGGGCAGCACGGUCUCCUUCUCCCAUACUCUGCCUGACUUCUCCAAGUACUCCAUGCCAGACAACAGCCCUGAGACACGGGCUAAAGUGAAAUUUGUCCAGGACACUUCCAAGUAUUGGUACAAGCCCGAGAUCUCCAGAGAGCAGGCCAUUGCACUCCUGAAGGAUCAGGAGCCAGGGGCCUUCAUCAUCCGUGACAGUCACUCCUUCCGAGGGGCCUAUGGGCUGGCUAUGAAGGUGUCUUCACCACCUCCGACCAUCAUGCAGCAGAGUAAAAAAGGAGACAUGACCCAUGAGCUGGUGCGGCACUUCUUGAUAGAGACCGGCCCCAGGGGCGUCAAGCUCAAGGGCUGCCCCAAUGAGCCAAACUUCGGCUCCCUGUCAGCCCUGGUCUACCAGCAUUCCAUCAUCCCGCUGGCUCUGCCCUGCAAGCUGGUCAUUCCAAACCGAGAUCCCACAGAUGAAUCGAAAGAUAACUCGGGCCCUGCCAAUUCUACCACUGACCUGCUGAAGCAAGGAGCAGCCUGUAAUGUGCUCUUCGUCAACUCUGUGGAUAUGGAGUCACUCACUGGACCGCAGGCCAUCUCGAAAGCCAUCUCGGAGACAUUGGCCGCUGACCCCACGCCGGCUGCCACCAUUGUUCAUUUCAAAGUCUCCGCCCAGGGAAUCACGCUGACCGACAACCAGAGAAAGCUCUUCUUCAGGCGACACUAUCCCCUCAGCACUGUCACCUUCUGUGACCUGGAUCCACAGGAAAGAAAGUGGAUGAAGACAGAGGGAGGUGCCCCUGCGAAGCUCUUUGGCUUUGUCGCCCGGAAGCAGGGCAGCACCACGGACAACGCCUGCCACCUCUUUGCUGAGCUUGACCCCAAACAGCCUGCCUCUGCCAUCGUCAACUUCGUCUCCAAGGUCAUGCUGAGUGCCGGCCAGAAGAGAUGAACGCCCAGACCCCUUGCCCAGGCCAGGGCGGUGGGGAUGGGGAAUGUGGGGAGGGGACCCAUGAAUCCUGACCAUCUUGAAUCCAGAAGGAGGACUUUGGGCCAAUUUUGGAGGAGAGAAGAAAGUGCAUCGUGGGGAGAGGGAAGUGCAUUGUGGAGGGGUGGGGGAGAGGGAGAAAGAGAAAGCUGGAGGAGAACUCAGAUACCCCUGGGUAGACGGAAACUGCAAAAUCCCAAAGCCUCCCAAACUAGCCAGGUCCUCCUGCUCCCCCACCUGCUCUGAGAGGACAGAGCUCCUCAAAGGGCACCAGCAGGCCUCCUGGGACCCAUAUUUUAGGCCAGAGGGAGAGAAGAUCUGCCUCCCUAACCACCCUGCUUUGUAAGGAAAAAUCAAGCUGAGAGAAUCUGUUUUUGGCCACCUGUAGGUAGGUCCCUAAGCCAAACAGCCAGUGGUGGACAGGGAGUGAUGGAACUUUACCUUCUGCAAGUGCCUCAGACCCAAAGGCACCUCAGGUCUGAGCUGUGCCUCUGAUGUAGGAUUGUGUGGGUGCAUAGACACCCCCUCCACAUCCUCACACACUGAUUUGUAUCUGCCUCUUUCUGCUAGAAUCGUAAACAGCUCUACUUGUCUGUGUCACAUGUGCUGGCAGCACAUGUCCUUAAGAUCCAAUGGUUAGGUUGGUGGAUGACAGGGUGUCAGGGAGGGGACAGAAGCCCUCUCCUGCAGGAGUACCUAGGACCACGAGUCAUAGAGAAUCUUUUUCCCGGUCCCCACACCUGCCCUCUGGAGGCUUUGGGUGCCAAAAGCCCAUCCUCCUGUGCAGAGACCCUGGCAGGAGGGGUGGCCUCCAUGCAGCAUUCCCGGUCCUGUUCUUUCUCUGUGGGGAGGCCAGGGCGAUAAGUUUGAGGAAGCAGAGACGCUGGUGUCUGCAGUGUGGGCAAGGACCCAUCAGGAAAGGUGGCUGCUUGGCUCUGGCUUCUCCCCCUGCAGUGUAUGAACUGGGCAAGCUGUCCAGCCAGGGCUCCCGACUUUGCCUUGCUCCUAGCUGUCUGCAGUUCCUGGGCUGGGAGCCUUAGCACCAGCCUUAUCUCAGAUUUACUUAUCUGCAUGAUGCCCUCUGGGAGGCGAGAGAUGGAGCCUUCCAGAUCCUCCCUGCCCUGCUCAUUCCUGUAGCGUCCUCAUGUUGGGGCUCAUCCUGAGGAGCCUGCUUCCUCAAGCCCUGCUCACCAAGGCUCUAGGGAGAAGCCUGUCACCCAUCUCCCCUCUGUAAAUAUUUUGGGCUCUGACCAUUGCAGGUACCCUUCUGGCUGGGCUACCAAAGACAAUACCAGAGAGCUCCUAGGACUGCUACUGGAGCCCCACAUGGCCUACCCACAAUGCCAAAGUCUGGCUUUCUCCCCUUCUGCCUUGGUUUCCUCUAAGAGCCAUGCUGCCCAGGGAGUAGAGAGAGUGUACAUUUAGUCCAAAGGACCUAGGGUCCACUUGGACAGUUGGGAAAUCCCCUGUCCACCUCCCAGGAACUCUAAGCCAGAAGGAAAAUUCAUCAGGACUCCAUGCUUAAGCCUACAGAGGUCCCCUAGAAAGAGGCAUUGUACUGAUAUAUAAAUAUAUAUAAUAUAUACGUGAGACAUACUGACAGAAUCUGUAAGCUAAUAAAAUAUAAGAAAAGGUUAAAAAAAGAAUAGGUAAAUUGACAAGAAGUAUUUAUUAUUUUCCCACAUUGCUUUAUGGCCUCCCUGGGCAUAAACCAGUUCCUGUGCCCUUCUUAAUGUGCAAGUAGGAGCCUUCCCUGGAGGAGCCCGGGGUCUCCUUGCUUUGGCCUUGGCCUUCCCUAGGCUACGUUGGGCUCAGUGGGAUGGGGUGUGGAUGCGCCGUGCCCGUGUGCCCUUGUAUUCUGGCAAGCCAGGACCCAGUAGGUAGCUCCCUGGGUGUGUGUGGAGCCCCCCUUCACCAGGGGCCUGGUGAGUGUGUGAGUGUGCAAGGACUCGGGAGUGUGUGGCCGCAGCUGUAUGCUUCUCUUGUGUUUUUUUCCUCCUCCAGGGAACUGUAUCCCUGCGGACCUUCUGUUUCAGCAAGCUGGAGAGGAGAGUGUCUGUUAGGUGGGGGACGGGGACAUAGGCCCCACUGGCCCCCCCACUUCCCAAAGGGUGAAACCUUGGGUUUUAGUGACAAGGUCUUCCAAAGUGCCCUUCUGAGAUUUUCACGCCAAAUACCUGAGUAGCCCCCUCUCCUUCUUCCCUAGUGAAUCCUAGUUCACUUCCAAGAUAAGAGAUAUGCCUCAUCCCUUUACUUUGUAAAUACCCCAUGUCCCUGCACAUCCUGGGAGGCUUUUUUGGGUCUGAGAAUCCUCUCCACAUUUGAGGUCUGGCUGAAUAUCAGACCCUCUGGCAGCCUGACCAGGUCCCAGGACUGAGUCUGGGGUCGGCCUGCACCCCUACUUUUCCUGCCCCCUCUUCUCGAGUGUGGCCAGCCCCUGAACUCCAUUUGGAGCCCUGGAGCCAAGGGUGAGCCACGGGAAGGACCCAGGUGUGCACUGGCCAGCUGAUCACUCGCUCCCAGCAUGCCUCUGGGUGUCCUUUCUAAAAGGAUGAUGGGAAGGAACCCAGGUCUCCACAGUGACCCCACUUGUGGGAGCACACUGUAGGCUGCUUCCCUCCCCUAUCCUGUGUUUCACAAGUGGGCCUGCGUGCGUGCACGCGCGCACACACACACACACACACACACACGCCAUUCUGCAUCGCAGUCUAUUCUUGCCAAAGAUUUCCUUUUUUUAAAAAAGCACUUUUACUCAUUGUUAUUAUGUUGUAAAUGUUUGCCUUCCCCUUCUCUUGACCUCUUUUGCUCUUGUUUACUGUUGAAUCUGUUUGUCAGCAAGGAGAGUGUUGUUUGGUCUUGAACAUGAGCCGGGAUGGGAGAAGGCCUGGAGGAGUGGCAGGAAGGAGCAGGAGACACGUGGCCAGCCCACAAUGCUGCAACCAGACUGCAGGUCCCCGGAGCAGCCUGAGGCCCUGCCCCUGCUGGUCUGUUCAGUGUCUGGAGGUGAGGGAAGGCACAGAGCAGGGAAGCGACAUCUGUGAUUCAGCAAGGAGUGGGCCCAGUGAGGUCCCUGUGGCUCUUCUCAUGGGGGAAAGGGGAUCAGCUAGACCUGAGAACUAGACCCCAGAAGGAAAUGGUGAAAACGAGCAACCUCAGGGGUGACUGCCCCUCCCGCUGCCAGGGAGUCCUGGUUCCCUUAUCUGAGGGACACAUGUCAUGUUCUAGGAUCAGGGGAGCCUUUGGACCCAUCACAUGUGAACUGUGAAAGCUAUGGACACUGACUGCAGGUUGCCUUCUGCCCUGGAUUUUUGAGGAUUCCUUGGGGGUGUUCGGGAGUGGCCAGGAGAGUGGGACCUUUUCAGCAUAUGUGGUCCCUCUAAAGGGGAUCCCGGGAGGGAAAGGAGCAGGGAUCCUUCUGCCACAUUCUGCUAAGUCUGGGCUGAGGUAGAGCAGACUUCAUGCUGUCCA